AGCCAGGUGCUGCGCCCAGGUGAAUGGGCUGACGGUGUUGGCUGCGACCUUUCCCCCGCCAUUACCUGUGAGAGGACGGCAGGCAGGCGAAACGCUAUGGCGUUCCUGCAGGCUGGCCUGGGUCGCUGUGUCUGCGCCUUUUGGCUGGCGAUCGUCUUCGACGCGGUGGGGCUGACCGUGCUACUCAUCGGCGUGUUCUGUAACAUUUUCUUCUACGACUUCCUGAUCUACGCCGGCUCCAUCGUGAUCUUCAUGAGCUUGAUCUGGUGGAUCUUCUGGUACACGGGCAACAUCGAGGUGCCGCUCGAAGAGUUGGAAGACGACGUGGGUCUCAAGAAGGAGACUAAGUUGACAGGAUUCUUCAGGAGUGUCUCCAUGAGAAUCUCGCGAAGUUUUAGGAGCAAGGAGGGCAGGAUGCCGCCCGGCACAGUGACCAACCGGACCAGGGAGCCGGUCCGCUCGAUGGGUCCCAGGAAGAAAGAGAGUCCAGUUAAUCUCUGCGCCAGUGAUACGCCUCUGAAGACCCUCUCUGCUUCUGUCAGCUCCGAGGUAAAUUUCAGCCCGAUGGACAAAGCGACAGACGCAGGAAACCUAGCCAUCUGAACCUGAACCCAUUACCAGCAUGAAAAGAAGAAUUGCAGAAGUCUGAAUGUUGGCUGUCAGUUUACAUUUAUUUAAUAUUGUUAUAUAUCUUUAGGAAGGGGAUUUAGCUGUUCUGACAUUAUACACUAUAUUACUUGCUAUUGUUGCCGUUUCUUUUCUAGAGAAUGAAAACUACUGAUCAAUGAAUGUUAAUUGAAGAUCAUUUCGCUGAUCUGAAUUGACUGUUUUAAUUGGUGCUUUAAUAACUAUGUUGCAUUUAUAUGUAUUAGUUCACUUUGCGGAAUUAGGUAAAAAUUCAUUUUGUAGGUUAAAAUAUAAUUAUAAUUUUUGUUAUGUUAUUAUAAAUUAUCACAGUUUCUUACAUGCCACCAUAUAGGAUUUGAUGAGGGUGCCAGAAAGAAGCUUUCCCCAAAAAAUUAUGGCAAGAGCAUCCUCUCUUUCAGAGUCAAUUAGCAACAGGCAUCAGUUCAAGGAGACCACUGAGAUAUAUCAGAUGAAAAUGUAAUCAGUUUGACUGAGCAAACAAUCACAUUAAAGGCUUCUCACAAGCAGCGUACAAGGAAGCAAAAAUCACAAUUUAAGCACUGUGCCCUCUAAGCUGCGAGGGUAUGUGGGCUGCAUGUAACAGAAAUGCUCCUGUGCACAUAGCCUUUGUUGCUGUGCAGGCAAAAUUUUCUUCUAUAUAAUGUUUUAUUAAAGCGCCACACAGUUUUAAGGCUGUGUAAAAAUUCCCUGAACAGAGCAAUGGUUUAGCCAAGCAGCUGUAGAAGAAAUUAGAGGGAACAUUGAUUUAAAGUUUAUUUUUAGUAUAAUAUACCGGGAACUAAAUACAGAUUAAAACACAGAAUUAUGAUUUAGAUAGAAAUGCAAUCAGAAUCAGGUUUAUUAUCACCAGCAUGUGAUGUGAAAUUUGUUAACUUAGCAGCAGCAGUUCAAUACAAUACAUAAUCUAGCAGAGAAAAAAAAACAAGUAAAUCAAUUAUGUAUAUUGAAUAGAUUUUAAAAAAUGUGCAAAAAUGGAAAUACUGUAUAUUUUUUUAAAAAGUGAGGUAGUGUCCAAAGAAUCAGAUGGCAGAGGGGAAUACACUACUUUUCUAAACUAUGUUUACUUUUUUAUUUAAAGUACCUUAUAUUUUGAAAUACUUACAGUAUACGGUACAUUCGUAAAAGUAGUUGAUUAGGUUCAGAGUGUUCACUAAGUACAAAAUUUUCACCAUCCUUGGAAAGCAUAAUUGCCUUUUGAAUUCAUUAAAUUCACAUCAGUAUAAGUGAUUUUUGAUUAGACAAGAGUACUGGAGCACCAGCAUGAUCCUUGGGAUUUGUACAAUAAACCAUUCACAAUUAUAUUUCAAAUCUAAUGUGUGUUGUAUGGAAUAAUGCUGAUGAAUGCUGGUGUUUUGAUAUUAUUGCUACCUCAUAACUCAGGCUAUCAUAAUUUAAACUCAUCAGAAUUUGCAUCUUGUAACAUAUCAUAACUAUUCAUUUAUAUGUGUCUCAUAAAUAUUCUAAUAGAAAUUAAUACUUCCAUAAUCACUGCAUUGGUAAUUUAAAAGAAAUGAAGAAGCUACUAAAUUAAUUAUAAUUAGAGAGCUUUAGAUUACACUGCUUUAUGUUCUAUAACUUAUUAAAUGUAAAACAUUUAUUACAAUUAUGAUUUCAGUUUCAUUAUAUUUGUCUUUAAAGUGAGAAAAAAGUUGUCCCUGCUAAUAUAAUUGUAGUGCUUAGAUUUCUGUUGGCUGACUGUAUGCCCUUUUGUGAGCAUUUUUAUUCAUCAUUGUUAACUCUUCUUGCUUUAUGCAUAUUUUAAAAUGGUAAGUUCAAAUCUUGUAGACUCUUAAAUAUACUGUAAAUAACAAAGGUGGAAUGUGUCCAUCAUUGAAAGGAAGUUACAAUUAAAGUUUCAUCUGCUAAU